AAUUUCGGGACUCGAAAGUACAACUUUGAAAGUCCUCGAUGCUGUUUCCGACGCCGGGUAAUCUGGAGGUAAAGUCUCUGACCAUGCGUCCACACUCUACAUUAACACAGACCACCGUCGCUUUGGACUUACUAUGCUUGGGAAGAAGGUGUUCGUUGGACACGGCGGUAGACAUACUCGAGUUCAAGAGUAAUUCAUUCCCAGUCAAAAGCGAUCACAACUUUUUUACCACCUGUUUAACCGGCAAACCUCCAAAAUGGUCUCGAGCGGACAGAUGAUCGAGAAGCUGGAUAAAUUUAUUGAAGAGAAUAUGAGAGAACCAAAGCUGUGUAACACCGUACAAUUCAGAAACGGGCUUAAAGCACUUAACAAUAACUUUUUAAAAUUGCAUUCUUCUUGUUUGAAUAAUGUGAACUAUAAAAUGCUCAAGAUGUUAAAACUUAUAUUGAAUAUAAUAAAAUAUAUAGAAAUAUCGGAUUCUAUGGAUCCUUUACACCGUACAGUAUACAUCGAUUAUAUGCAAUUGAGUUGUCUCGUAACACGCUUGAAAUUUGUGAUUCUCAAAGAAUAUCCUCAAGGAGUAGAGAUUAUUGGGAUAUCACUUAAAAAUUAUUCUAUUGAGCAAAACAUAGCAAGGAAUUAUCAAUCAAAAUUUAAUGCAUAUAUUUUAACAAUAAACUAUGACAAAGAAAUAUCUGACAUCGUACAAGCUUUUAGUAUGUUCUUGAUUAACUAUAUUUUAUAUUUGGAAAUAAUAAAAGAGAAUGAACUUCUUAAACAAAAUUUUAAACUGUUAUUGGAAGUUGGUGAUUCUAAACUACUCUUUGAAAAUCUAGAUGAGUAUGUCAUUAUAAUUCCGCCGGAAUUACAAUUAGAUUUUAUGCAAAAAUUGGCAUAUAAUUUGAACGAAGUCGGCUAUGAUUUUAAUAUUUGUAAAUUCUUCAUGACCCCCGACAAAGAUACCAGAUCAGAAGCUUGUAGUUUGACCUACUACACUUUAAAACAUAUGUUGAAGUCAUUCCCACACGAAAAUUGGAGACAAACAUCAAAUAUUUUUGAUCAUUUUCCCAUUAAAAGUAUCCUUUCUGUACUUGAAUCAGAAUCGACCAUUGAUAAUUUAUGCGGAGAAGCAGUCGAAUUAUUUAUUUUUCCAAAAUAUUACAAGCCUUUAGAUAUUAUGCCUUUGGAAACGUUUGACCAAAAAAUAAACAAGUAUAUUGAUGUUCUCAAAUCUUUAGCAAGUACAAGUGGCGAUCAUGAAUUUCACAACUACAGAUGUCCAUUUGCAUUGAUUUUGCUGUCGGUGUUGUAUGAUUUUGUAGUUAAUUCGGAUUUACCAUUUUCCUCUUUUGUUCCAUUAAUACAGCUUAUAAUCGACUAUUUGAAAACUUGCAAACUCCCGCCUAACUUAAAAGCAGCAACUAUUGUAUUUGAAGUUUACCAAAGAGCAAAAUGUAGGGAUGAGUUCCUGGUGUUGGUGAAACCGUUGUGCAGAGCCAUUUCAAAAAGUUUUGAGCCCCACACUGUCCCGGAUCUUUUAGAAGUACUUGACGUGGAUAACAGAAUGUCAGACAGAUUGAUUAUUACAGCAAAUUUCUUAUACGAUCGAUCGGGCAAUAGUAUGAUAAAAAACGCAGAUUUGCAGCCUUUUCUUUAUACGCUCAACGAAAAAGUAAUAUACCUCACCCAUCAGUGGUUUGCAAAUAAACUGUGGAUUCUGCCAUAUAGUAUAUCUCUUCACAUUUCACUGUUGACGGGCGAUGAAGAUCGUGUGAAUAAUAAUUUGGCGGUCCUCGGCAGUUAUCUCUUUAUUAUACUCGAUAGCAAUCAAGUCAUUGACCUAGAUGAUAAAAAUUAUUUUUUGAUUAAAUUGAUUAUGCAUUACACCAAAAUCACUGGAUUAAUACCUAAUGACUUUUUAUUGAUUUGCUGGAAAAAUGUUCUGACACCUAAAAAUUUGGGCAUCAAAGCGGCCAAAAUGAUUAUAUCGUUGUGUCCUACUAAAAAAUUUAAAGUGAUCUUACGGUUGUUAAAGCAUGAAACUAUGAGAGUUAUUGAUCUACAAGACGGCUCGACAGAUAACAAUUAUUAUUUAAUUUUAAUUAAAUUGUGGUACUGUUUGUUGAACAAGCCAUGUUCACAUAACCAUGUCAAAAGAAGUGUUCUCAGAACUUCUGCGUACAAUUUUGUUUUUGCCUUGCGCAGUAAAUAUAAAUUCAAGAAGAAAAAUUUACCAACAGUAGAGUUGAUAUUUUUGAUGAAACUGCUUAGUUUAAUGCUGAAAAUACUUUGGAUGAACAGUGAUGAUGUCAUAAAUUGUUCGUUGCAAGUAAUUACUUACGUUGAACACGGUUCACACAUAACAGAAAAUGUUUUAACAGAAACAACUAAACUACUAAUCAACGUGUACAAAUGUCCAGUAAAUGCAAUAAAAAUGUAUUUGGGUAUUUUUAUGAUCUCAUUUUCUAAAAUGUUGAAAAAAUGUUGGGCUUUUGCAAUGGAAAAAGAAAGGCUCGGUAUUCUUCAUGACGAUGACAAUAAUUUACUAAAACCGUUCUAUAAACUUGAAAAAUGUUCGAGUUUGUUUAAAGAUAACGCACAAUAUUUUGAAAACGCAAGUCAGUAUUUAGAUUGUCAUUUGAUGCACUUCAUGUUAAACUUUAAUUUACCUCAAAAAUUUAAGGAAUGUUACUACAACAUUAUUUAUAAUUUAAUGGAUCUAUGUUCUGAUGCUAAAAUUAAAGAAAUGUUAGUCUGUGUAGAUGAACUUGAACAUCAUGUAUGGUUUACAGCUGUCUACAACAAUUACAAAAAUAACAGAUUUAUUGGAGUGUAAGAUUUAGAAACACGUCCUUAAUUACUAUUAAUCAUUUUGUAUUUCCAUAACUAUUUCUUAACAGUAUUAAUAUAUAUUAAUUAUACAGUCAUAUAGUUCUUGCGUUUGGUAAGAUAGUUUGUAUUUUUAAACGCUG